UGCCUCUCAAAUGUGACAACACCCAGUCUGGCAUGUUCACAUGAUGACAUAUAAGCAGCUUCAGUUGAUCAACAGAGCACCCCUGAAGCAGAGCGUGAAGAUCUCAUCACCAUGCAGACCCUGAGCCUCACAGUGCUGCUGCUGUUCGCUGUCUUCUCCUGCAAUGCCAUGCCGCAUGCAAUGAAUGCAAUGGCACCUGGUCCGUGCUGCUUUCAAUUCUUGACAAAAAGGAUCCCCCAGUCAAAGAUAAUCUGCGUCACCAAGACUCACAGCAGCUGCCACCAGAAGGGAUUUGUCAUCAGCACUGUUCAAGGGAAGGAGAUCUGCGUGAGCCAGAAGGAGGACUGGGCCCAGAAAGCGUUCAGACUGCGGCAAGCCACCGGGUGCUAAGGCUGCUCCUCAUGAUCACAUGACCCAACUCUCGAGCUCCUCCACCUGCAGCCUUCACACAGCUCUGUCUGAUCUUUACUGAUAAUUAAUCCCAGAAGCUUUGCACUGCGUACUCUCAUGCAGCUCUUAACUAUUGCACUGGUUAACCCUUGUUCUGCUUUGUUCUUUAUCUUUACAUUUCUAAAAUAUGUGUUGAUUAAGCAUUCAUGAAAGGAAAAAGCAAUAAUAAAUGUAAAUGACUAUUA